CGCGAGCCGUGCUGACGGGCGUGGACCUCGAGGUCGCGGCCGGCGGCGCGGUGCGCUACGUGUUCGAGAAGUCCGGCCACACGGCACGCCCGUCCUGCACCUCGCGUACCGGCACCACCAGGCGCUGCUCGCGGGCGCCGAGCAGAGCGAGGCUGCGGGCCUCGCCACGGUGCGCUCGCCGACUAAGGGCCACAUGCAGGGCGUCCUCGGCGAUGCCUGGAGCCUCGCGGUGAACCUCUCCGAGGCGUCGGGCCUCGGCUUCCUGCCCGGAGGCGAGCCCGAGGGCUCGCUGGUGCCGUUCCUGGCGCAGGAGGCGCUCGGGACGCUCCAGUGGUUCCUGGAAAAUGAUAACUGGAGGACGGCGAUGUUCAAGACCAGCUACUACUUCAGCGGGAAGGGCUUCCAGAAGGUUGCGAUGGUCUGCCUCCUGGUGGAGAAGUUCUACGGCACGGACGACAGUCAGACGCAGUCCUGUGCCAGCAUUCUGGAGACGGGUUUCAGGUGCUUGUAUGACCCUGCAUACUCCGGAGACUGCUCAGGUGCGCCUGGGGGUGCGUAUUACGACCAGGAUUGGGGUGGCAUUCCUAGCCAGGCCGGCUACGACACCGAGGGCUGCAUGGGCUGGAAUGACUUCGGCAACGCUUGCUAUAAUGACCAUCACUACCACUACGGGUAUUACGUGGUUGCCGCGGCCGUGCUGGUGAAGUUGGUACCUUCCCUGGCGGCCGAUUCAGCGUUUGUGACGUACGUGGAGAUGCUGAUCAGGGACACCACGAACCCCAGCCCCUUGGACGCGUACUUCCCACUGUUUCGGGCCUUCGAUUGGUUCGACCUGCACUCUUGGAGCCGCGGCGUAACGCCCAGCGCGGAUGGCAAGGAUCAGGAGUCCACGUCGGAGGAGUUGAACUUGCUGUAUGGGAUCCACCUCUGGGGCACGGUGAUGGGCAAGCCCGACCUGCGGGACCUGGGGCAGACCAUGCUGGCCUUGUGCGCGGUCACGGUGCGAGAGUUCUUCCUGCUUGAGACUGGCAACCCAAACCAUCCAGAGGAUUUCGUCAAGAACCACGUGACUGGCAUAUUCUUUCAGAACAAAGUGCACUACGCUACCUGGUUUGGGUGGGACGAGAAAUUCAUCCAUGGCAUCCAGAUGCUGCCAUUGUCGCCAGCGCUGCAGCUUACGCGUAAGCGAGAGUUCUGCCAACAGGAGUGGGACGACAUCCUCUCGAGCCUGCCCCUCAGCGCGACCGACCCAUGGACUUCCAUCUUGUUGACUGGCACGCUGGCAUGCAUUGACCCUGCCGACGCUUUCACUCGGCUCGUAGCCAUGGACUCCGCGCACAUGGACGACGGGCUCACGCGAGCCUGGGCGUUGUACUGGGCGGUAUCAUUAUCAGGCGAUUGCGCAGGACCACCAACUGGCCUCACUGUCGUAACCACCACGACCACAACGACCACCACGACCACCACCACUCCACGAGAGUGUGCGCAUUCGGCCACAGAGUGCAGCAUUCCCAGCAGCAUCGAGGCCUACUUCGACGAGGGGUGCGUUUCUGGCGGCCUCGGCUGCAACGCCUUCGGGAUGGAGUGCUGCCGCUUCUGCGGCUCUGGCAGUUAUGCCAGCAUCCCCUGCCCCAGCAGCGCGACCCCGUCGCCAACGCCCUCAGCGGCAGUGCCGACGCCAGCGCCCGCUCCUGAGCUGGCACCCACUGCACAGCCGACAUCGUCCGAGGACUUGUGCGGGCACUCGGCUACAGAGUGCAUCAGCUCGCAGGCCACCGAGGCAUACUUCGACGAAGGGUGCCUUUCUGGCGGGCUCGGCUGCAAGGCCCUCGGAUUCGAUUGCUGCCGUUUCUGCGGCUCUGGCAGUUUUGCCAGCAUCCCCUGCCCCAGCAGCGCGACCCCGUCGCCAACGCCCUCAGCGGCAGUGCCGACGCCAGCGCCCGCUCCUGAGCUGGGGCCUUCACCGGCACCCACUGCACAGCCGACAUCGUCCGAGAAUUUGUGCGGGCAUUCGGCCACACAGUGCAUCAGCUCUCAGGCCACCGAGGCAUACUUCGACGAAGGGUGCCUUUCUGGCGGGCUCGGCUGCAAGGCCUUCGGAUUCGAUUGCUGCCGUUUCUGCGGCUCUGGCAGUUACGCCAGCAUCCCUUGCCCAAGCCCGACGCCCAGUCCGACGUCGCCUCCCUUGGCUCCCCCUCCUGCGGCAGCCACUGGCGAUCCGCAUCUUCAGAACAUCCAUGGUGAGCGGUUCGAUUUGGGGAAGCCUGGCAAGCACGUUUUGAUCAAUAUUCCGCGGGGAGAGCGCGCUGGGAAUACGAUGCUUCGUGUGGAGGCUGAUGCACGUCAGGUCGGUGAGCAGUGCGCAGACAUGUAUUUCCAAGAAAUGAAUAUCACUGGGGCCUGGGCGGAGGCGAAGCAGACUGGCGGUUUGCGUUUCCAAGCUCUGGGUUCAGGUAUGGAUUGGGCAAAGUUCGGGCGGGUAGAACUAAAAGUCGCCCUUGGUCAUACACAACAGGGCAUCCAGUAUCUGAACUUCUACAUCAAACACCUCGGACGAGCUGGUUUCGCUAUCGGAGGACUGCUGGGAGAAGAUGAUCACACUGAGGAGUCGAUGCCUGCGGUGGAAUGCGUUCGACACAUUGCCCUUCGUCAAGCUAGGCGUAGGCAAAGUGAAUCCAUGUUUUCGAUUGCGGAGGCAUUCUUCGCAUGACCACAUGUGCACGGACUGUGCACUGUACACGAGUAGACGUUGACUUUCUGCUGCGGAACAAGGAAGCGAUAUCGUAGAGAAGGACCCAGCCCGUCUGAACAGCUUUGAACGUAUUCGUCGCCCCGUUGGGGGUGGGGGGCCCUCAUGGACUGCGCAGCGGCCCACGACCGCUUCAGUGCGGCGGUAGCCGAGCCGCCGAAUGAGGCACGGAGCGUGCGAUAGGCGCGUGCCGCGCGGCGACCGCCUGCGGACGCCCCCAGACCCCCGACGUCGUGAUUUGUUCCGCAACGCGGACCCCAUGAGGUCUGGUUCCCCGGGAUCGGCUUUCCGUCCCGAGCCGUACCGAGGUCGGCCAAGAUGGGGGGGUGACGACAAGGGGUGG